AUGCCAAGGAGUAAAUUUAGACCUUGUAUAGAUUUACAUAAUGGUCAAGUUAAACAAAUUGUAGGAGGAACUUUGAAUGAUCAAGAUCCUGAAAAAUUAUUAACUAACUUUGUUUCUAGUGAAAAUUCUGGUUAUUAUGCAAAACUUUAUAAACAAUAUAAUUUGACUGGCGGACAUAUAAUAAAACUUGGAGCUGGUAAUAAUGAAGCAGCAAAAGAAGCGUUAGAAACUUGGCCAGGAGGACUUCAAAUUGGUGGAGGAAUCACAUUAGACAAUGCUCAAGAAUGGAUUGAUUAUGGUGCUGAUAAGAUUAUUUUGACAUCAUAUCUUUUCCCUGAUGCAAAGUUUUCAUUUGAAAGAUUAAAAAAGUUAUCUGAAAAAAUAGGAAAAGAUAAAAUUGUUAUCGAUUUAAGAAAAGUUGAUGAUAAAUGGUUUGUUGCAAUGAAUAAGUGGCAAACUAUAACAGAUAUGGAGGUUAAUAAAGAAUCUAUAGAUUUAUUAUCGAAUUAUUGCAGUGAAUUUUUAAUACAUUCAGCAGAUGUUGAAGGAUUAUGCCAAGGAAUUGAUUCCAAAUUAGUUGAAUGUUUAGGAGAAUGGGUAAAUACUCCAACAACUUAUGCAGGUGGAGCAAAUUCAAUCAAAGAUCUUGCAUUAGUUGAUAGAUUAUCAAAUGGUAAAGUUGAUCUAACAUUUGGAAGUGCUUUAGAUAUAUUUGGUGGAAAUAAAGUUAAAUUUCAAGAGUGUGUUUUAUGGAAUCAACAAGAAUUAAAAGAAUAG